UGAUUGCAAAGAACUGCCCCUUUUCGCGAUAUACCUACACACUGGUUAACUUCCCAUGUGCGGACCUGCACUCCGACGGCGCGCUAGUAGUGGACGUUAACAAUCCGGGGUGUAUCGUCUACCCUUAUUCAUACUACGGAUCCAUGACCAUCAAAGACAGCGACAGCGGUGAACAGCUGGGGGUCUAUUAUAUAGCGAUGCACAUGUUUGGCCUGGCAUACUGCGUGACGCCAUGAUUCAGCAGAAUUAUCGCAAGGCUAUUUACAAAGACAACGUUGGAAAAUGGAGAAGAACGACGUUAGCGGGCCAGCUCUUUGCCAAGAGCCAGAUUACGCACACUAUGUGCUGGCUGAUAGUGUCCCUGCAACGCCCAGUUUAAGAAGUUUACCAGAUCAGCCUUGUAGUACGAAGCGGCGGAGUCUUAUGAACGUCAUUCUUCUGGGGUUUGGUUUUAUGCUUAAUAUGGGAUCCAUACUGACCGCUGGAAUGGCGCAGACCGUGGUGUUGCACAGUGUGUUUGACGAUGCAACCUUGGGAUACCUUUGUUUGGCUGUAAACUGCGGGUCUCAGGCCAUCGCCUAUUUGGUUGGUCCCUCUUUUUGCUUUUUCAUGGGACCAAAAUUUGCUUUGGUGCUGGGAUCCAAUAGAUUCUGGAGCGCUACUGCAGUGUGCACAGAUAUUGCCGUCAUCGCCAACAUUGCCGGUUUAAUAAAACCGGUGUACUGGGUGAUUUUUGUGUGUGCUGCCAUUUCUGGUUUCGGCGUUGGUAUCGUCUGGGCCGUUCAAGGAUACUUCUUAACAAGCCAUUCUACGCCAAAUUAA